UGACACGCAUCACUUUCUUAUUGGAUAUAUUAACAACUUUCAUACGCAUCUAAAGAACAAGGAUUAAAACAUCAUGGAUCUAGGUGACAGAGUUUACGCUGCGGAACGGAUUACGAAGAAGAGGGAAAAGCGGGGUAAAGUAGAAUAUUUCGUAAAGUGGAAGGGAUGGAGCAAAAAAUACAACACAUGGGAACCAGAAGAGAACAUUUUAGACGUCAGAUUAAUCGAAUUAUACGAAGAAAGUCAAAAAGGUGGAGAUGUAACUACAAGAAGACCUAGACGGAGGGAUACUAGAUAUAGUGAACAUGUUUUGGCCAACAUGGUUGUUGAAGAAGAACCAGGUGGAGAUGAGAGAGUCGGAGAAGAUAGUCAAGACGAAUCGACUACCGGUAGCACUUCUGCUCCUCGUCUAAAUCCCGUUGCACCUGAUGAAGACACGCUUCCGAGUUCUCUCGAUGGGCACGAAUCGCCCACAGCUCCAGAAUUAUCGGCAUCCGCUUUCAGCGUCGAUUCAGAUAGUUCCAAUAGCAGUGUAGAUAGUCCUUUAUUGCCCAGGAGAGAACCGAGUGGUACAAAAAGAAAAGCUGAAGUUCUUAGCAAAGAAUCGGGAAAAAUUGGUGUUACUAUUACUACAAGUCCAAGUGGAAGUCCUCCACCAAAUAAGAUUCCUCGACUAUUGCCACUAAAGAGUAAUCCAACAUCUCCUUCUUAUCACAGUCACAAAGUUAAUGGUAGAAGGCCAUCAUCAUCGAGUGUGAAGUCGACACCAGAAGAACCGUUGCCAGCAAUGCCAACAACGCCAGCUCCUGCAGUACAAGAGAAAAAGCGUGCCGAAGCCGAUGUGCCUCAUGGUCCUCCACCCUCGUUGCCACGUGCACCACCCGCACCUUUAUCUCCUCAAAUAGAUACUCCUUUGGAACAGCCUAGCAAAAAGAGGCACUUGUCCGAGCAAAAACAAGAAAAAUCGAACGGAACUGUGGCGGUAGAUACGAAUGGUCAUAAGUCACCCAGUCCUACGGAUUCAUACACGAAUAACAACAGGUUAUCAACUGUUGUUAAUGGGCAUCAUAGUCAUAACAAUAAUAAUAACCAUACCAACAAUAAUAACAACAAUAAUAAUAAUACAUCGAGCGUGAAACAAACAGAAAUUACAAAAACAGACAUGUAUAUUCCUCUCUCGAGUCCUGGUACGGAUUAUUGGCAUGCAAGGAAUCCAGUUGCCGAUCAAGUGUUCAUUACAGACGUGACGGUGAAUUUGAAGACCGUUACCAUCAGGGAGUGUAAGACUGAAAAAGGAUUCUUCCGGGAGAGAGAUCCGAAGAGCGAUAUCUAUUAACAAGUUCUGAAUAAGGACGCUUUAUUGUGAAUUUCUAAUACUGAACCACGCUUGUAAAUAUAAAUUAUUUUCACACGUUGAAGUGUAGAGCCGAAGAUGGUUAUAUAUAUAUGUAAUCAUAUAGUAUGUGACGAUAUUGAGCUAUAUAUAUAUAUAUAUAUAAGAACGUUUUUCUAAAGAAGUAAAACGGAUUUUUUUGUGGUUAUAAAGAAGAUCAAAGUUAUGCGUAAAUUAUGACAAAAUAUAUUAAAAUUUAUAACUCGCAGUUUCUGGUAUAUUAUGUAUUCUGAACGAAGUUCCAAGAACUUCCAGAAACAAAAAAUAUGAGAACUUAAAAUUCAAUAUUAUGGAUACGAUAUCCUGUGAAUUUUAUUGCAAACAAAAUUGAAUAGUCAGAUUUCCAGUAUGUUAAGUGAAAAAUUAUUGUGUGAUUAUCAAUGGAUAAAAGAUAGUAAGACUAUCAUCAUGCGACAACCUUAUGCAAAAGAACAACGGUACGUCAUGAGUCGCUGUCAUGUCGUGAUAUAUACUUGUACAUUUUUUAAAACGCUUGAUAGUCCAUAAAUCUCUGUAUUAAAAGACAGAGAAAAAUGCAAAAAGAUCUGAACGAAACAUUUUAGAAGAUAAAUACAUUUUCUCAUUGAUUGCAUUUUCGCUUGUAUUAGAACUCUGCAGAAAUAAUAGUAUAUCUUGUAAAUUAGUUGAUUUCAAAUUUUACUAUGAUAAAAUAGUACAGAUCUGGAAAGAAAUAUUUUUCUAAUUCGUUUUUAGAAUAAUCAAAGCAGCUUCGUAGAAGCGAUUUAAGAAAAUAUGAAAAAAAAUUUUUCGAGUAUGGGAUUGAAAAAAAAGAACUGUUAUCUUAAUAACAUAUUUCUCAACAUUAUGAUAUUAUAUUAUAUUUAACGAUGAAUAUUCUGAUUUUUUUCUCUUUUUCUUAGCAAUAUUGUGUCACAAAAAAAAAACAAAUAUUUAUUUGUAAAUUUUAAAUUUGACAAAAGCAUUACUGAUUUUUUUCAAGUUAUAGCAUCACAGAUAUACACACAUGGAAUUCAAUACAUAUUGAUAAAGAAAUUGAAAAAGAGAAGAAAAACGAUGUACGUUUACCAUAUACGUACAAUAUAAUAGACGAUCAUUUUAUUAUAAUCUCUAUAACGUGUUCUAUAUCGGUUAUCGGAGUUUUUGUUACGAAUCGAUGAAGUAUUGUUUAAAUGUGUUAGCUGUUGCAUUUUUUUAUACUGUCAAAUGUGUUUUCUUCUUUUUUCUUUUUUUUCCUCUUAUUCGAAUUUAAGGACUGACUGCGCAUCAUACGUUUUUACGCGUGCGACAUUUAAUUCCAACGAUAUAUAUGUAUAUGUAUAUAUAUAUAUAUAUAUAUUGAGAAGUAUUUAUGCAUAUCCUUGCGAAAGCGCCAUUUUAUUUUUUAAGAUAGGUUGUCGACAUGUAUUCACCAAAUAGAGAUGUUCCUACCUCGAAAACGGUCAUCCUGAACAGAGAAUUGAGUACAACAACCAAAUUCUAACAAUUUUUAUCCAAAUUAAUUAAUGUCGCUAAACUUUUUCAAAUAUCAUGAUUUACUUUUUUUAUUUUUUACUGUUUAUUUUACUUUAUUUUACUUUUUUUUUUCUUUUUUUCAACGAUUUCCACCGUACAAUUGGCGCGCGAAUGCACCAAUUUCAGAACCAGUAAAUCCGUGAUAUAAUUAUAUAAUCGUAAAACUUAAAAGAAAAAAAUCAUAUACGUUGCUUAUUUAUUGUAACUAAUAUAAAGAAAGAAAAGUUUUUAGGUUUUUACAUUCUUAGUAUAGUAUUAUUAGAGACUAUAUGUACACGAUAUGUCCUAUUUGACGAAAAACGAGCCUCGUUCGAACAAGUUUUCUUUAAUAUUAUUAUUAUUAUAAUUUAGAAAGUUUUAUUAAUUAUUUAAAACAAUUUAAUACAUCUCUGCAACGAAUGUUAAAUAUUUAAUAUUAAUAUUUUAUUCUUUCCCUAAUUGUAUAAUCGAUUUUCAGCAGAAAUAGGGAAUGAUAAUUUUUAUCUUUUUAAAUGAGAAAUAAAAUGGGACUAAUUGUGUACAAUUAAGUCACGUGAUUCCUUACAAUUUCUAUUGUAAGGGAUUUAAAUAAACGUUUAUUAAAUUGUUGUGUAAUCCAAUUGUGUAAACCAACACAUUCUGUAUAUUAAGAGAGAAAUAUUCUGUAAAAAUUGUAAAUAGUCGAACAUUUACAACUCUAUGAUAAUAGAGUAAGAAAAGAAUGAGUGAGAAUGAAAGAGAAACUCGUAGCUUUAGACCUUUCAGUUAUCGUAAUUGUAAAUAGAAAACAAAAGCAAAAACCCCUUUAAGUUGUAAAUGUAAAAUCACAAACUGCAGGUCUAGAGAAUCCUUUUUAGCUUUAGAGACUUUGAGAUAGACUGCGCGUACCUUUAACAUUGUUUCUGUACUUAUAGAAUAUUCAGACUCUACUUAUAAUAAUUAAAAAAAAAAAUACACAUACACAUUCACGGAAAAAGAAAGAAAGUGAAAGAGCGAUUACGCAGGCAUAUACGAUAUAUGAACCCCGGUAGUACCAAAUUCUAAACGGCAAUUUUAGUUCUGUCUGGUACAGAUUCCUUAUAUUUCAAUAAAAUCUUUAUUUGAAUUUUU